UACAAUGGAAGGUUAACAAAAUGGACACAAAUAAAAUUGAAAACUAUUUACAAAAUAAGCUUGUCAGGCCUAUCUCCACACUUUCAUACCGAGUCAUCAACUUAUGGAACCAGUCAGCUGGAAAAGUGAUGUCCAACCCUUCAGUUGACUCAUCCAGUGGAAGACUAGAUAGUCUCAAGAGCUCAUUAGAAAAGGACAAAAACAUGCCAUAGGCCUUCUGUUUUCUAUACACCUAUCUGAAUCUAUAGUUAAUUGCUUUUAGAGACCGCGUGAAUUGUAAUUGUCGUUACAAUUUGGUCGUUAUGUUCUGACAUUUAUGUUGUUUCGGGAUUUGGAGAUUCGUGGCUGAUUUCAAAAUCUUUAAAUUGUGGGUCUCAUAUCAACUAUACAUAAAUCAAAAUUAUGGGCAACUCUUCCAGUGGUCACAAGCGUAGACCAUCACUGGACGACGAUGUCCUCUCGGGCGUUCUUGCUGGUAAAAGAUAUGUAUAUCAAAUGUCACAUGACACCCUUGCCGAAGAUUCCGUGAUUAGCUUUGUUACUGGUAAUUCUGCCGUCCAUGCUAUUGCGGACCAACUCCGUGAUUCCAGACUUUAUGACUCAGGCGGCAAACCAAAUUUAUUCCUUGGAGGACCGGCUCCAGGUCCAGAUAUGUCAGAAGAAAAUCAAUCUUUGCAGAGUGUACCAACUGUCUUUAAGUGGGAUGGAGGAGGAAAAGAUGUUUACAUAAGUGGAACAUUCAAUGGUUGGAGGUCGAAAAUCCCGAUGGUUAAAAGGUUAGAAAUGCAUAAUAUCAUGUAAAUAAUGAUAGUUUAAUGCGGCUACCUAUCUUGGUAUGCCUGCAUAUUUUGAACAGUCACUUUAUUGUAGUCAGUAUUAAAUUUGCACAUCUAAAAUAACCUCUUAUCAAGGCAUAUUGAGAAUCGGCGAUAAAAAGUCUAUCAUAGUUGACCACAAACUACAUCACUGAAUCAGUUGCAGUUGUUAGAUACCUCCCAACAAAUGGUUACGGUCCAAUUAAGUAGUUUACAUCUACCAAUAAGUCUGUGUCCAAUAUCCAGUAACUUCAUGUCCCAGUGGUGUAUUCGUUUGAACGUUGCUAACAUACUCCACCCCACCUCUACAGCAGCCAAUGUUGCAGUUCAAGGUUGGCGGUUGUUGGGUUUACAUAUUACACAACCUUAUCAAUCCAUUCUACGCCUUUACCUGCCACUCGCCUAUAAAGUCAACAUAACUCACUUCGUGGUUUUAGUAUACGUUAGCAAUGUUCCAUAGUCAUAGAGUGAUACAGGACCGACUACUGUUUAAUAUACUCACCUGUCGCUCGGCAGAUUUACAUCUAUUUGUCACAAGCGACAUAUUUUGGCAGGAAACAAAUGAAUUCCCGAAAUCUGUGACAAAACGUCGGCGGAUGAUAAUACACUAGAAUUAUUAAGACUUCAACUUUAUCACUCCCUAGUUUAGGCGUCUCGGCAGACCAGUCCCGAUGUACGAGUUGGGAUUCAAAGAGAAUGAAACGCACCCCAAACAUGUUUGGGUUGUUGCUAAAGGCGACCGAAAGACUAUAUUGUGUCGGGAGUUCACCAAAUAGAACUACUUGAUCUGCGUAUUCUAAGUCUAGUGAGUCUCCUUGUUAUUAAUCGACCCCUGAAAAGUUAAGUAUCGAAAUCUUCACGUCAAAUAAUAUCUUUGACCAAACUAGAUAAAAAUAAAAGAAGCGAGCAACUCUGACGAACACCACUUGGUGUUAUCAGCUCUGAUGACAGUUUGCCAUAAUCUUUAACUCGACUAGUACUAUUCAGGUAGAGAGCUUGUACAAGGUUAAUGUAUUACAUCGGCACGCCCUUCAGUGACACCAUAAAACCUCCAGAUCAACAGUCUAAUGCCAUCUUAAAGUUAGAAAAUACAGCCAUUGUUGGGCUUCGUUGGUAUCCUUAUAUCUUUGAAUCGGAUGAAGAGUGGAUAUCUGGUCAUUUCAUUCACGUCUUGUCCCAAAUCAACCCGCUUUUCUCAGGCUUACUGUUCCUCAGAUCUAGAUAACCGUCAGAUAAUCACUCAGUCUAGUGUAUUUAGUUAAACUGAUUCGUCUGCAGUUACCACGCGAGGAUCUCUAUCCUUCUUUAUAAUCUGGAACGAUCGGCGACCGUGACCGGUCAUAUAGGGCUACAUUCAGUGUACAGACUCCAGUUAAUACCUCAGCCAAUCUAAGUGACAAAACUGGAUGACUAUCCUCAAACAUCUCCAAGGUUAAUCCAUUAAAGCCAUCCGCUUUCCGCCGCUCGGUGCUAGUUAUAACCUUUUCGACUUUAUUAAGAGUUGGGGAGCUUAUUUUGACAUUCCAUUUAGUUUGUUUGACAAAAGUUGGCAACUAGAAGGUAGUUGGAAGUCAGGUAAACUGUUUCUGUAAGUGUUACGCCCAUCGUCCCAACUAUCUGGACUGAUUGGAUCGUAGCCCGUUUAUUUAUAAUAUGGUCUCACCAACACUUACUCCCCAUGGUGUUAGAUCUACCGACACUAGUGUCACGGUCGGAGACGUUAUCAGUUAGCUAUCAAGGCGCCCAAUAACUUGAUUGAGGGUUUUACAUUACUUACUAUUAACCAAUUUGGUGGUUGUUCAGUCUUUAGCAUUAAUCAAAUUCUGUCGAUCAACUGGAAUUCUAAAAUUCCUGUCUAAUUGAACGAUUGCUUUUUGAAUGAUAUCAUUCGAUGCCUUAUCUGAUCCAGCUGUUCUAAGAUCAUGUUCCAUUCAAGCUUAUUACCUUUAACAUCUGUCGUCCCAGAGAUCCCAUGUCGUGCAUUAUUUGCCGACACUGAGACUGGUUGGAAAAAGCAGAGAGGUGGUCAGGUUAUGGAAUGGUGUCGUGGUAUGAAAUAGAGCUGUACAGGACUGGCUUCUGUUGGUCCUUCACGACCCCCUGGUUGAGGUCCUAGAGUUGGUGCAACACAGUGGCUUGAGACGUUAUCAGAUAUGGUUCAGAAUAGAAGCCAGGGGCGAUCCUGCUGUAGCUUUAUCUUACUUUUUUCAUAAAAAAUGAACGUAACUUCUUUGACUGAAAGAAUUCUUUCUGGUUGUACUUUUGCUAACCGAACUGCCUUCUUUCAUUAUUAUUAUUUCACUGUCACACUAAUUUUUGUUCGUUAUUGUUCUCCUUUUUCUUAUUCUCACUUUAUAUUAUCUACCUCUUCACAUUCUCAUCGUUAUUAUGUGCCGUAUAUGUAUUUGGUGCUUUUUGUACCAAUAUUUCUGUUCAAAUAAACAAACUUUAACACUUGUAGUUUGACGUAUACUGGACAGUAUUCAGGCCGGAUAGACUAAAUGUAUUGUAUCCUAUGCCUGUAUUCAAGAGUUCAUUUUAGUAUUGUGAUUCGAGGAUAAAGUAUUUUGUUUUUAGAAUAACAAGAUAAUUUUGAAAACUGUUAUCUAUAGGAGGGUAGGAGUAAAUACAAUUAAACCAUUGUGACCGACUGAAAUAUCUUCAAACACUGGUUGCUAUAAUCUUCCAGACCUCAACCAGGUUAGUCAGUCAGUCAGUAACAACGUAGAACUUUGUGUGUACGUACAUCAGUUCGAGUUGCCAUACCUCAUUAGCAUGUAGAUGCAGUUGUCAAUUCAAAUCCCGUAGUGGUAGUAAGAGUAUAAGCAGUAGUCCGAAAGAUUAGUUUGAAGAUAUUAUUCAAGGGGUAUAAUACAGUGAAAUAAAUUUGGGAAGAAAAUAAGGGAUAGGAAGAAUCUAGAAGAUUAGAAUUUGGGAGAACACAAAGAGUAGAUGCACCUGCGACAUUGUAAAUGAUUUUGAGUCAUGCCAUUCAGGGUCUCUAACCAUCGGUUGCUAUCAUCUCGCAGUCCCCAACCAGGUAGUCUACACCUACCAACAUGACUCAGACCACUUGUCAGUGACUUCAUGGAUUUGUGCCAUGUUUUGGUCUGGCCACUCCUAGCUUUCUCCCAACCUACUCCUACACCAGAAAAUAUCGCACGUCGGGGCAGUCGGUGGUUGGGCAUACGUAACACGUGUCCCAGCCAUCUUAACUGAUGAAUUUUCACUACUUCAUCAAUUGAUUUACCAUCGUUACCUAGUACUCGUUUCCUAACAACUGCAUUUCUGACUCGGUGGUCCCAGGAUAUACCUCAACCAGGUAGUAUGAACCUACCCACAUGGCACAGUCCACUUAUCACUGGAUCCUUGGAUUAAUAUUACGUCUUGGUUGGGUCACUUCUAACUUUCUCGUAGUGUGCUCCUAUCAGUCAGUCCUACGUUGUAGCUCUUAUACCAUAUGAAGCAACCCAUUUUUCUGUAUACGGAUCUCAUUUACAGACCGUAAAAUCAUGUUUAUUUUAUUUUUAUAUCAGCUCAAGUAAACACAACUUUUAUACGAUCAUUGAUCUUCCUCUUGGUGAACAUCAGUACAAAUUUAUUGUUGAUGGGCACUGGAAGCUAGACCAAAACCAGGUUGGUUUCAUUUCUAAAACUAAUCAAGCUUUAUACUUAUUUGUUAUUUUCGUCUCAAUACGGAACUAUUUGAUACAACGAAAUAUUUGGAAAUUUGCCUCUAAAAGUAAUAUGGCAGUAUUACAAAACAAUCCACUGUAUUUUUAGUUGUAGCUAUUUAUUUGAUUCCUAAUGCAUUUUUCCUUGUUUUGAUUAUUCUACUAUGAUUGUGUGUUCAGUGACACUUAUUCAGUUGAUAAAAUUCUGUAAUCAGUAAUCAUUGAAUCGAUACAUAACUGGAUUAAAUUGAAUGUAAAUUAUUCCCUCUGGGGUUAUCGAUCAAUAAAGUUUCUAUACAAAUUAGACUUUGCCAUCCAGUUACCAGGCAAAGCAGAAGAGGAUAGAAGUAGCCGCAUUCACUGUGUUGAAGUUGGAGUUGCGAAACAUUUGCUUAGCUCAUCAACGUAUCAGAAAAGAAUUAGAAUAAUUGUGAUAUCAGAUUAUUUCAGGAAAUGUAUUUACUCUACUGUGAUUGUCCAAAAAAUAUUUUCUACUCACGAAAAAUACAAAUUUACUUUAAUGUUUUAGUGUAACCUCAUUAAAAAUUCCUUUUUUAAAAAAUAAAUGUAAACAGAAAACAUUAUUAAUGGAUUUAUAAACUGAAAACCGAGAUAAAUUUUUCACUUGUAAAGCUGUGUGCCAAUUUACAUCAUUUAAGUUCAAAUAAAAGCAUACAAAGUAUCCUGUCUGGACCUUUGUUGGAUAUUAUCUUUAAGGACUUUGCUUUAUCAAUUUCAUUACCUAGCAGUUCACAAUUCAGAAUAAGAGACAAAUAGUUGUGGGAGAAAUAAAUGUAGCUUAUGAUUAUUGAUAUUAACUUCUACCAACUAUUGUUUCUAUGUUGUUAUCUACCACCAAAUUAGUAAACUGGAAAUGUUGAAGUAUCUUCCGUCCACAUAUUAUGUAGUGGUUACAUCUAACCGAAUAUCUAAAUAAAAUAAAUUCAUUAUUCAGUUGAUCUUCUCCAUCGCCUCCCCUCAGUAAGUUUACGGAUUUCAUUUUUGAUCUUUAUUAUUUUCACCCGUUUAACAAUCGGCCAUUGUCCUCAUUGAAAGUCUUUUUCAAUGUAUACUUUCGAGUAAGCUCUGAUAUUUCAUACCUUUAUAAGUGUACUCAAAGAUUCUGGAUUUUAAUCAACAUGACUAGUAACAGUUCACACUAUACACCCGACAAAUUUUCAAUAACGUUGCAUCUGCUAAUGUAUUCAAGUGUAUUUUGUGUCUUUUUGUAAACGACUGAAUUAAAAUUAUUUAUUGGUUUCAACAUUUUUAAAAUUUUGUAGCCUGUCUUUACUAGUCCGACCGGUGUUCAAAAUAACGUGAUUCAAGUCAAAGAGUCUGACUUUGAUGUGCUUACUGCUCUAUCUCAUGAUAUGGCCAAUUCUCGUGGUGGUAAUGAUGAUCGAUCCUCAACCUCACAAGCUAUUCCGUUUCAAAUCAAUGAUGGAAAAUCUGAUGCGCCAGGGGCAUCAGAAGCAGAAAUUCCCCAUGUACCAAGUUCCGGGUCUGGUUCACCACCUGGUGAAUACAGCCGCUUUAUUCCUGCCACACCAUUGGAAGCUUUAUCCCCGCAAACUGGAAGUGGAGGAUCAUUACCUUCACCAGCCAUUCAUAAUAGUUCAAGUGAUCCUAAGAAAGCAUUAACACCUCCGUUAUUACCUCCACAAUUACUCCAGGUUACAUUUUUUUCGUCAUUUUUUUAAAGUGAAUAAAUGUAUUGGCCAAUUUAAACUACGCAGCACCAUGAUACAUAACCAAAAUUUAUCUAGCGGUACAUUGAUAUUGCGUAGUUUAGAACUAAUUAGUCCACUGCCAUUGUGAAAUACAAGUUUACCCAACCGAGUUUCAACAUUUAUACUGUUGGUUAUAAGUCGUUGAACAGAAACCAUUUGUCUUUUGUUAAAUGAUACACCUGUAACCUGUUAGUCAACUAUAUAUAUGAUCAUUUCUGAAAGAAUCAAGGCAAUCGAUCAUAAAAACUACUACUCGUUUAUAUGAAUAGAUAUUUCUAUGCAAGUGUAGCCAUCACCAUAGGGAAUAUCCCAAUUUUUUCAGAAUUACUUAAACAAACUAGACUUUAUCAUAAAAAAGCUAAACUAAGUGAUUCCCGAAGUAAAUAUAUAUGUAGUUAAGUAAGUAGGUUCUAUCGAUCUCAACUCGAUAGCCUAACGGUUACGUGCUCAGAGAGAGAUAUUUAGGUCAUUGAUGCACUUUUUUUGUGAAGUUCCAUAGUAAAAUGCGGCGGCUGACUAUUGGUUCUUAGUUUUCCAUAGUUCUCCAAUUGACAUCAAUAUAUGGCGAAAACUUUAUUCGCAUUUUCACAUCUUGACUGAUGGAAUAGUUUGGUACAUAGUAUAAUAUACUCAUAACAUUUUGUCUCAGAAAAUUACCAUAAAUCGAAUUCUUGUUAAGUGGGUGUAGUUAUUAUUAUGAAUUAAGGUAUCUACUGGCUCUAAACAAUGAAUAAGAAGCUGAUAUUUUAGAUUCAAACUCCUGCCAGUCACAAGUUUGAGUAAAGGAGGAGGGUUGGGCAUGGGGUCAGUAACCCCAUCCCUUAAAAAAACCUUGCUAAAAAGCACAUAAAUAAUUUAAAUCUUUUGAACACUCCCUUGGGAGUUGAAGGGUCUUUAUUUAGAAGAAUUUUGACGCCUCAUGAUAACCAAAGCAACGAUUAACAUAGGCACAUGGAAUAUCCGGAUAAUGUGGGAAACUGGGAGGACUAGUCAAAUAGCUAAGGAAAUGAGGAGAUAUAACUUGGCGGUGCUCGGAAUAAGUGAAACCCAUUGAACCAAAGUUGGACAGAAAAGAUUAUAUUCGAGAGAGAUUAUGUUGUACUCAAGUUAUAAAGAAGAAAAUGCUUCGCACACAAGUGUUUGCACUGAUUCUGUCCAAAAAAGCCCGAAGAGCAAUUAUGGGAUGGAAAUCUCAUGGAUCCAGGAUCAUCAAAGCACCAUUCAAAACAAAGAAUUAAGGGGUCACAAUAAGUGAUAUCCAGUACUAUGCUAUGUUCGGAGGCCUAUGCUCCAUUGAGAGUAACAGGCGUAAGUAAGUUGUGUACCUACCAUUUAUUGCAACGACGAUGAUAAAAAUCAGUUUUACGAGAGACUGUAAUCAAUCAUGGCGGAGUGCUCAGAAAACGAACUAACCAUCCUGAUGGAAGGCCAGAUGCCAAAGUUGGAAUGGACAACAUUGAGAAUCAAGAUACCAUGGGACGCAUGGACUGGCUGAGAGAAAGGAACCAUACUACGUUGAAAAUACCGGUUCUCGUACGAUUGCCACAGUCAAGCAACGUUAGGCUGAGUCAGUACUUUCAUGGGUGACUGACUGAGAAUACCGGGUUUCGCCGGUUUUCAUUUAGCCCUCAAAUGCCCUGGGACGGUCAAGGACAAAGAGGGCAAGGCAAUCACUAAGAUUCAAAAACAGCGAAACAGAUAGGUAGAGCACUUUGAAGAACUUUUGAAUAAACCAACUCCACUGAACCCACCAGAUGUCGAAGCAGUAUACCCAGACACUCUUUUUAAUGCCACUUCACUAACGAUCGAAGAAAUCAGGAUGGCCAUCAGACAAUUUAAAAGUGGAACAACAGCAGGAGCUGACAAUAUACCAGCUGAGGCACUGAAGUCACGCAUCUAAGCAACCGCAAAUAUGCUCCACGUCCUACUCGGGAAGAUUUGGGAGGAAGGAUAGGUGCUGACAGACUGGUAGGAAGGAUACCUCAUCAAGGAAAGAUCUCAUCACGUGUGAGAACUACAGAGACAUCACACUACUGUCAAUACCGGGAAAAGUUUUCAACAGUGUUGUUGAUCAGGAUGAAAGAUUUAGUAGACCACCCAACUUCGAGAUUAACAGGCUGGAUUCCGUAAGGAUCGGUCGCGCACAAACCAAAUCGUGACACUACUGAUUAUUGUUGAACAAUCGAUUGAAUGAAGUUCGUCCUUAUACAUCAACUUCUUUGUUUAUGAGAAAGCAUCUGACAGUGUGGGUAGAAUAACCUUAUACAACAUUUUCGACACUAUGGCGUAGUUGAGGACGUCAUGAACAUCGUACGGAGCUUAUACGAUGGAAUAUAGCGCAAAGUCAAGCAUGGAGGACAGCUGACAGACGCAUUCCAAGUGAGGACCGGAGUCAGACAAGGCUGCUUACUCUCUCUCUCUCUCUUUCUGUUUCUUUUGGUGGUCGACUGGAUUAUGGAGACCUCCAUAUCUGAGGAAAAGCUUGUAAUGCAAUGGACAGCUUGGAUGGAGUUAGAUGAUUCGGACUUGGUAGAUGACCUGGCUCGCGUAUUCCAUACACAGCAACAAAUGCAGGUCAAGAAAGCUAAUAUAGCAGCAGCCUCUGUAGUAGUAGGCUUCAACAUACAUGAUCAAAAAUUAAUAUCUUGAAAUUCAACAUAUAGAGCACUAACCCAAUCACACUUGAUGGAAAAGCUCUGGAAGAGAUGGAAACUUUCACAUACCUGAACAGCGUCGUCGAUGAACAAGGAGAGGAUCUGAUACAGGUGUGAAUGCAAAGAUUGGGAAAGAAAGGACAGCAUCUCAACACGUGGAAAGCAUGUGGGACUCAAAACAAUUGUCAGCCAGCAUCAAAGUCAAAAUCUUCAGUAUGAACGUUGAGGCAGCUCUAUUGUAUACUACAACUGUCAUCAUAAAGGUUCAGAUCUUUACAAACUAUUAUCUACUCGAGAUGCUGAAUGUCUAUCGACCGGAUACUAUCAACAACAACCUAAUUUUGGAGGAAACAAAACAAGCUCCCAGCUGAAGAGGAAAUUAGGAAAAGACGCUGGAAAUGGAUAGCGUUUACGUUGCGGAAAUCACUCAACUGCACCACGAAGCACGCACUAACUUUGAAUUCUGAAGAUAAACAGAAAAGAGAAAGGCCAAGGAACACACUGCGUCGCGAGUUGGAAGCAGACAUGAAAAGGAUGAAUAGUAACUUGAAACAACUGGAAAGGAUUGCCCAGAACAAUGCUGGUUGGAAUAUCCUGGUUGGUGGCCUCAACCCUACAAACCAAUUCGCCAUCUUAACUUUGUGCCUGUUUCCAAAUUCAGCAUUGCUCGCUCGGUUGUUCUGAGAAACAAGCAAUGUUUGUAGGAAAGUUAUGAUAAAAAACCGGUAGCCUACUAAUGUCUUCUACUUCCAUAAACGAUGUUUCACAGCUAUAAAGUAGAACAGAGCAGUGAACACGCCCAUUGUUUGAAGGAUGGACAUUUCGUCUUUUCCACAACUAAGACAAGUUGACAAACGCCGGCCGACUUUCUGAAUCCGUGCCUAGAUUUCACUGAAUACCAACAUGCCAUAAGUUGUAAGAAUUCCACGACUUUUCAAGUGUUUGACACAUUCUACUACUUCACACCCCACCAUUAGUUUAAACGUUGGCCCAGAACAGUCUGAAAGCAGGAUUUUGCAUUUAGAGAGAGUAGUACUCAUCACAAACAUGUUUGGAUAGCUGCUAAAGGCGAUCCAAAGAUGUUCGCCAAACAGAACCAUAUCAUAUCCAUAUUCACUGUAUAUUCACUCCAACGGGUAAUUUAAAACUCCAGCUACUUCCAUCCACAUCUGAAAACGCUUUAACCAAGCCAUACAAGUGAUGACUAAUUAUAUCUGAAAUUAAAUUUUGCACAAAUCGAUCGCAGCAAAUUAGCAAUCAAAAUUCUUAGAUUAAAUGCCUAUUAUGAUCAACUAAAAAUGUUGUAGCAUACAAAAUCUGUAAAAUAAAAUCAGUCGAUCUUAAUUUUGAUAUUCACCAUUCAGACUUAUAUUUUGUACUCUAGGAAAAAAAGUAACUUAUCUUACAUCUAAUUUUUAGGUAAUUCUUAAUCGCGAUACAAAUGUUCAAUGUGAUCCAAAUUUAUUGCCACAACCAGACCAUGUGAUGGUCAAUCAUAUGUAUGCUUUGUCUAUUAAGGAUGGUGUCAUUGUUCUCUCAGCUAUAACACGUUACCGGCAAAAAUUUGUCUCUACUGUAUUAUACAAACCGAUAUAAAAGAAAAAUAACAAAACGAUAAAAAAAGAUGGAGAAGAGUAUCCAACUAUUUUACAAAUCACUUUAAAUGCUGCUACUACGAUCAGUACUACUAAUAUCAUCCUCAUUAUCAUUAUUUGUAAAUUCAAUCUAAUAUCGAAAUAUUGUUGAUAUAGAUCAUUAACUUUCAUUUAUCAUUAUUUCAUUACUAUUAUUAUCAUCAUCACUAUUAUUCAUUUUUACCAUAGAAAACAAGUUGAUGAAAUUAAAAGUGGAUGAAAGAGAGAUAGUUAGUAAGUAAGUGAGGCAGUGAUAAGCAACAUAUUGUUCAACAUUCUGUUAACAUCAUUUGAAGAAUUGGGCUUUUUGUGUACAUUAUACCAAUUCAGUGUUUGUCUUUGUUAAUUCAAUAAUAAUUACCAAUAUAUAUUUCUUUUCAUUUGUUAUUUUUUUCACAAAUAAUUGUUACUACUAUUGUUAUUAUCUAUUUUCUUGUCGAUAUUUCAUUAUGAAUCUAUUGAAUUGUUCAAUUAAUUAAUUGAUUGAUGAACUUUUGUUUUAGAGAAUGCUCUAAUUUACUCAUUCUCUGUUCAUCUUUUCCUGUGAAAAUAAAUAAAUCUUGUUAAGUGUUUAUUAAUACCUAUUAUCGUUACUAUUAUUAUUACUGACUCCCCGUUCAUUACUUUUCUGUAUGAUACGGUAUGCCUCAUUAUUAUCAUCAGUAGUCGUAUAGAUGUAUGCAUCAUUUGAAAGGAUGACAAUCAUAAAUUCCAUUGUUAUUAGAUAGAUUGAUUGAUUCACAUAUCUUAUAGUAACUUUUUGUCAAUGAAUCUCCUGUAUUGUUUUUCAUUAUACUCUCACUCUAGUCUUAUUCACAUCUCAUAUUCUCAAAUAUACCUUAUUAUUGAACAAUCAUUGUGUAGUAAGUCAGUCUUUGAGUUCUUUAUUUCUAAAAAAUGUUAAAUCACUAUUUCUUUCUUACCAAGUGCCUGUAUUUCCAUAAAUCUUGGUAUUAAGCUUAGUUGUUUUUUCAGAAACAUCAGUACACAUAAAUGCAGUCUUCAUUCUUACUGUUACUGAAAGUCUGUGUGUGUGUUUGUGGAAUUGUCCAUUUGUCUCUUACUCUGCCUGUACUAAGUGAUGAAGAAAAUAAAACGCAACGACAUUUCUGGAGAGAAAAUAUCAACAGCAACGAACCAAAAUUUAAGACUGACCAAUGUUAACAAUAUUAAACUUAUCUUGUUCAAAUUUCCCUUAUUUUCUUCCUCCAUUACAUAAAUACAUAUGUGUGCAAUGAAGCAUGUAGCAGUCUAAUCAUUCUGUAAUAAACUGCUUUACUAAUUCUCCACCACCACGAUUAUUACCAUUUACGUAUGUAAAAAAGAAAUCUGUGAUUUAUAUAUAGUUGAGAAUACUCGUAUGCCUCCCACUUCAUCAACAAUAAGUCACAUAUAUUUUUAAACCCACGAUACUUGAUCAAAAAUUCCUAAUUCCAAAAUUAGAACAAAUUAAUUCAGAGAAACGUGUAGUUGCCUGUUAUUUAUGAUUUUGAUUUAUGACUGACGUAUAUUAUGUAAACGAAAUAUAAGUUUACAGUGUACAACAGUUCGUCAAUCUCAUACAACUAAAAUAUUUGGCGAUAGAAAAUCGUUUAGUAUAUUUAUAGUUAAUUGACUUUUAAUGGAUUGUAUGCUGAUUGUCACUGAAAUAUACAUGUCGGCUAUCCUCGUAUAUUUUAUCGACUUAGCUUGCGUUAGUCAAUAACGGAAUUAAAUAAGUCAAACACGAGAGUGAAUUUCGAAUACAUGUAUUUCAUACAAUUGUUGUUACAGACAAAGAACCAAAGAAGAGAGCGAAACGAAAUGACUCGCGGUAGAGAAGGCAUUUAAACCAACUCGAUUUAAUUAGGCGUUAAUCGAUAUUUAUAGUUAGACAAAAGUUACAGACAAGUGUUGAGUAAGAUAAGAAAUGCAUACACAUACGCUCACGUAAAAACAGUCAAGGCCGAUAAACAAAUAAGUGACGGUAAAAAUGUGACUUGAGAAGAAUGAAUAGAUUGAUCUUUCCAUAGGAUGGACUAACCUACAGACUUAUUUAUUUCAACAUGUAGUUAAAGGAUUGAUUAAAGGUCUGGUGGCAAUGACAGUCACAUAACCUUAAAGAGAAUACUACAACUAAUCAACUAAAUGAAAGGAGUUAUUGCGAGAAACAAUGAGGUAAAAUCAUUGUUUGGUAAAUUAUCUGUAACUGACUCAAAUGUUUAUUAUGAUAGCCAAAAUAGGGAGAACAGUAUUACAAACUUAUCAUAGACACAAAGGUUAGGUUUAAUGAAAUGCAUAGGGUGAUGUUUUUCUAUCAUGAGAACAUGAAAAGACUGAUAUUUUAUCCUGAUAUAGCUGUGAAUCACUGAUCUUAAUCAGUAGGAAAUAUUAAUCAAAUCAAAAUUUUCCAGAUACUUGGUAAAUGCAUCACUCCUUUUUUAGACAGAUUCCGUGAAGAAUGUUUCGGAAUUGAGUCAGUUGAAAAUGAAAUCGUUUAGACAACUAGUUGUAAGACCUUCCCCUCAUAACACCGAGUAAAUAAAACUUCUAAGUUUGGUCCGUAAAAGAGAUAACUACAUGAAUAACGCUUGUUUCCGAUUCAAAUUCCAAUCACUCAUGACAUAAUAUUACUAAUUAUUGACAUUAUUUUAUCAUUUGAAAUAAAAGACAUUCUGGAAGUAUACGAGACAUGGAAGAAAAGACCGUCUUCCAUUCUGUUACAGAAAAUUAGGUUCAAUCUGGUUCUACUAUUUAUUCAAAUAAUUGAUUAGCGUAUUAAUGUUUACACAAAAGAUGAGUACGAUUAUUUUACUUACCUAAAAUUUUAUACAACUCAGAUACAUACUUUAUUGCAAAAUUCGUGCUAAUGAUACUUAAACAUUCACCAGCAAACAACGCGAACUUGAAGAAUUCACAAAUCAAACUUUAUGGUCAGUUACCCGAACAAAUUAAUUUUUGAAGCCAGUCACUUGUUUAGGUGAAGCAUCUCCGUACUGCUUCUCUAUUAAGAAGACAUACUUGUUAAAUACCUGCAUUAUAAGUGGAAGUCUGAAGUCUGGGAAAGAUAGCGUUAUUUGUAUUGAUAUGGAUCAAGGCCCCAUUAAAAAAGCCGUAGUUCUCAUUCAACUGAAUUUCAAUCUGACAAAUACAUCAUCCAUCUCAUAAUAAAUUAUAUCAACAUCAACCUAGUACAACUUACUAAAUAUUGAUUUUUGUUAGUGUGGACUACAAACACAUCCAUCUUUUAUAAGCUUAUUUUCAUGUUUAUACAAAUCAAGUUCAAGGUUAUAGGUAUUGGCACAUUGUUUAUUUAAAUACUUUAUAGAUCUCUUUUAACUAAUACAUGAACUACUCACCGAUUAAUUAGUAAUGCAUUGUGUUUGUCAGCUAAGUUAUUUGGAAUUUGUGCUUCAUGACAUAUAAUAUGUCUCUAAGAAUGGAACAUAACACUCUGCAAACAUUCGUUCCAAUAUCUUUUCUAAUAAGUUUCAGUUCUGAGGGUGAGAACGUCGCCAUUAAAUCACUGACUUCAAAGCCAAUUGUCAACCAUGCUAACUUCACUUAUAACCACAAUGUAGCAGGACAACAAUUCAAUACCGAUGAUGAAAUCUGUUUCAGCACCAACAUGUUUCUAUCCCACCAGUCAUUUUAUGUAAUUCAGGGAUAUUAAAUUUUACCAUAAAA